GCAGACUGAGUCCCCAGUGCAUUUUCCAAUGAUGAUAACUGCCCUUAAAAUUCUUUCAGACCUGGAUAUCUACCUGUGUGAGACCAGUAAAGUCUUGAGACUCUAGGACAGAGACCACCACUAGGCACAAACAUCACCUGCUUGCAUGAUUAUGGAGAUGGUCUACAUGAUGUUGAAAAUGCCCUUAGUUUUUUGACAGCGGCUAAAUAACCAUGGGGUCAAGUGGACUUGGGAAAGCGGCAACAUUAGAUGAACUGCUGAGCACUUGCAUUGAGAUGUUUGAUGACAAUGGAGAGCUGAAUAAUAGUUAUUUGCCAAGAAUAGUUCUACUUAUGCACCGAUGGUAUUUAUCUUCCACUGAGUUGGCAGAAAAACUUCUCUGCAUGUAUCGAAAUGCCAGUGGAGAAAGCUGUGAUGAAUUUCGAUUAAAGAUCUGUUACUUCAUGAGGUACUGGAUUCUGAAGUUUCCCGCAGAGUUUAAUUUGGACCUCGGUUUGAUCCGUAUGACUGAGGAAUUCCGGGAAGUAGCUAGUCAACUAGGAUGUGAGAAACACGUCAGCCUUAUCGACAUAUCCAGCAUUCCUUCCUAUGACUGGAUGAGAAGAGUCACACAGAGGAAAAAAGUAUCCAAGAAGGGAAAAGCCUGUCUGCUCUUUGACCAUCUGGAGCCCAUUGAAUUGGCUGAGCACCUCACUUUUCUGGAGCAUAAAUCUUUUAGAAGGAUCUCAUUCACUGAUUACCAAAGCUAUGUCAUCCAUGGCUGCCUGGAGAAUAACCCAACCUUGGAGAGAUCUAUUGCUUUAUUUAAUGGAAUCUCUAAGUGGGUCCAGUUGAUGGUUCUUAGCAAACCAACCCCUCAGCAAAGGGCAGAAGUCAUCACAAAGUUUAUCAAUGUUGCCAAGAAGCUCCGUCAGCUCAAAAAUUUUAACACCCUGAUGGCAGUGGUAGGAGGCCUUAGUCAUAGUUCCAUUUCCAGGCUCAAAGAGACCCAUUCUCAUCUUUCUUCAGAAGUUACAAAGAACUGGAAUGAAAUGAUGGAGCUGGUCUCCUCCAACGGCAAUUACUGUAAUUACCGCAAGGCCUUUGCCGACUGUGAUGGCUUCAAAAUCCCAAUCCUUGGCGUCCACUUGAAAGACUUGAUAGCAGUCCAUGUCAUUUUCCCAGACUGGAUGGAGGAGAACAAAGUGAACAUUGUGAAAAUGCACCAGCUCUCCGUUACCCUGAGUGAACUGGUCUCCCUACAGAAUGCCUCUCACCACUUGGAACCCAACCUGGAUUUGAUCAACUUGCUCACGCUUUCUUUGGACCUCUAUCACACAGAAGAUGAUAUUUACAAACUAUCACUGGUGCUGGAGCCUAGAAAUUCUAAAUCGCAGCCUACCUCCCCUACGACGCCCACCAAGCCCGUGGUGCCCCUGGAGUGGGCCUCAGGCGUGAUGCCAAAGCCAGAUCCUACAGUCAUCAACAAGCACAUAAGGAAAUUAGUUGAGUCUGUGUUUAGAAAUUAUGACCAUGACCAGGACGGGUACAUCUCCCAAGAGGACUUUGAAAGUAUAGCUGCCAAUUUUCCCUUCUUGGAUUCCUUUUGUGUGCUGGACAAAGAUCAGGAUGGUCUAAUUAGUAAAGAUGAAAUGAUGGCUUACUUCCUGAGAGCUAAGUCCCAACUACACUGUAAAAUGGGACCGGGAUUUGUCCAUAAUUUUCAGGAGAUGACCUAUCUCAAGCCAACCUUCUGUGAACACUGUGCAGGAUUUCUCUGGGGCAUAAUCAAGCAAGGAUACAAAUGCAAAGACUGUGGAGCCAACUGUCAUAAACAGUGCAAAGACCUCCUGGUUCUGGCCUGCCGGAGAUUUGCCCGGGCGCCCUCCUUGGGCAGCAGUCAUGGGUCACUGCCUGGAAGUCCCUCGUUGCCUCCAGUGCAGGAUGAGGUGUUCGAGUUCCCUGGCGUGGCAGCUGGACACCGAGACCUGGACAGCAGAGCCAUCACACUGGUCACAGGCUCCUCUCGCAAGAUCUCCGUGCGGCUGCAGCGGGCCACCACCAGCCAGGCCACCCAGACCGAGCCUGUGUGGUCAGAGGCUGGCUGGGGGGACUCAGGGUCCCACACCUUCCCCAAAAUGAAAUCCAAGUUCCAUGACAAAGCAGCAAAGGACAAAGGCUUUGCCAAGUGGGAAAAUGAGAAGCCCAGGGUGCAGGCUGGUGUGGAUGUUGUUGACCGAGGCACCGUGUUCGAACCAGACCAGGAUGAAGCUGACAUGGUUGAGACCAGACAGGACGGUGAGGAAGGCUGACUUCAGGCUGAGGACACUGAAGGCAAUUGUGUUGGCAUUUGGAAGGAGCAAGAUGAGACACUCUGAAGAACACUCCAAAACUCAGGAAGUUAUCUGAAAAGAUAUCUGGACAUUUACUGCCUUGUGACACUGUGGGAUCUCCCUGAUUGAACUAUGGGACAGAGGAUUUACCCUAUGGACUAUUUAUUUCCUCCUUCCCUGCUCCUAGUGAGGUGCCACAAAGACUGUGUUAUGUAGUUGGUAGUUUUCUCUCCUAUCUUUCUGUAGGGCCAUUUAUAUACGGGUGAAAUGAAAGCUUUUGUGCAUGUACUUGAUAUUCAUUCUCUAAACUCAGACUUUGCUUUUUCUGUGAGAAUGUUAUUUCAGUAUUUUUAUAAACUUUUGAGGGGGGUGUUUAACGAGGAGUCGAUUUAGGGGUCUUUUUGUGUGCUUUUUGGACGGGACCAGGACUUAUUUUUUUGAGGGACAAGGAAGCUCUUCCAGACUUGCAAGGCAGUGGUUCUUCUAAUGAUGAUCUGCUGCAAGGA